AAGGCAGGUAGCUUGAGUGUACUGCAACAAGCUGAAACAGUGCUCUGCGAGUUGUGCAAGCUGAGGGUUCUGCUGCAAGAAUCUGAACACCAGAAGGUCUUCUAAGAACAAAACAGUGGUGCACAUCCACAGUGCAUACAGCUCUUGAUACUUUAUGCAAAUCCCUACAUUUAUCAGCCUGCCUAGGUAAGAAAUAAGAUGGAAAGAGGCUUUCAAACUAAAGCUAAAUGCCCACUCAUCAAUUGAGAAAAAGGGCAUGUGUGCUGGAUUUGGGUGUAGGAAGGAAAGAAGAUGAGAUCACUACUGAGAGCAAGCACAAAUGUACCUUAAUGGAGUGCAAAGCACCCCAUCCUGUAAAGACCUCCUAAUCAGAGACUUUCAUUCUGUUCAAAAGCUUCUGGGUGGCUUGCUCUCUUACACCUGUUCCUCAAGAAGACACAAACUGGCUGCUUGAACCAAAGCAGCAUGGAACACAGACAGAGACAACAAAAAAUGAGUGUUUCUGGAGAAAGGAAGGAAGGGAGCAUGUGACACCACAGCCAAGGAAUGGAUAGGGCACUGGGGUGUUUUUGAACAGAAUUUACCAACUGCACAAGUGAGCCCUAAGCCAGACAUGAGGCAAGUCCAUACAGACAGCAGCACAGAGCAAAAAAACUGACAGAAGAAACUGACAGCAAGAAAUUGGCAAUCCUGCCCAUGGUAGGGGGCUGGAAUUAGAUGAUCCUACAGGUCCCCUCCAACCCAAGCUGUUCUAUGAUUCUAUGAUAAGCUUAGCAGAGUUUCAGGAAGUACUGCAAAGACAACAGAGGAAGAGGUAUGAGCACAAGAGGGCUGUUUUCAACAUCAGGUGAUACAAGAGAAUGGAAAUGCUGGUAAUUCAAGAGUAGAUUACUUACAGAUAUAAAUGUCCAAGUAAAUUGGAUACAUAAUAUAUUUAUAAACCCCUGGUGCAGUUCUGAUGCAGGCUUCCAAGAGUUGCCAAAGAACACUGGACUGGAAGGGACCUGACCAACCCCCUGCUAUCUUGAAUAACCCCACCAUAAACUAGGAAACAUACUCUCAAUGGACUUGCUCUCUAGGCUCCCAUCAGACACCUCUGAAUUAACUAUUAGCCAGACUGAGAUGUAGCUCUGUGUCCCUGCAGCACUGUGUUCUACUCACCCUGGCACCAAAUAAAAGCCCUGGCACUUACUGAGCUGCACCAAGCUCUGCAGACAGGUGGCAGAUUAAAGAGGCCUGGACCACCUGUUUACAGGCCUGUCACAUCCAGCUUUCUGAUGGGCCUCUCUUGGCUAUGGCUGCAGUAGAGAUGCUGAUUUGUUCUUCGAGACUAUCAGAGUUGACCUGUUUAACUUGAAAUUAAAGGAAGAAAAAGAAAAUGGAAAAAAACUGGAAAAGGAUCACCCAGGCUAUGACUCCCCUAACUAUGUGUACACUCAAUUACACUGUGUCAAACAGUAGAAUAGUAAUGGUAAAAGAUAAUAAAAUGCAAGAAGUAUAUUUUCAGGAUCACAGUUACUUCUCAUGAAAGAGAAUCCAGACUUGAGCUUUUUGGUGCAAGAAAUAAAAAAAUGGAAGUUAGAAAGACCCACAGAGAAUUUUUAGGUACCAUCUUCUUAAACACUAAUUAAAGAAAACAAGGCACAUUUACUAAGACAGAUCUGCAGAUUUAUCUGCCUGUUUCUAUAAGAUAAGCAAGGUUUUAUCAGCAUUUGAAUGGAACAUCUCCAAGUAAGCAAAUCCAACAAAUUAAAAAGGGCAGCCCAUCAGUUUGCUAACGAUACCAGAGGCCACCACAUGACGCUCUCUUUCAGACUGUCUAGACUAAAUUGUGGCUGUGAGUGGGCAAAGCUGAUGCCUGAAUUUUCAGCCAGUGAGAGAAAUGCCCAUGCCUGGUGAAUUGCUCAACAUGCAGGACAAGAAAGAUGCCAAGUUCCUGUGCUCAUUCCUUCCGGCAGAGCUAGGAGGGGAGAAAAGCAAACUGCUCUUGGGCAACAGCCCUUUUCACUUCUGUCUGGAUUCCUCUCUUGCCCCCUUCUCUGCUGAAUAGACAUGGAGAAACUCAUGCACCUCGUCUUGGUCUUCAUCUCAGCAUCCUGCACUGCAGAGAACAUCACUAUGGUGUACGGAAUGGAGGGUGGGACCAUAUCUGUGAACUGCACCUACAACCCCCGGCAGCAGCGGUGGAGAGAGAAGAGUUGGUGCAAGCAGAUCGAUGGGAGUAAGUGCCAACACGUGGUGAGCGCCCGCCGCUUCUGGCUGCCAUUUCUGAAGAACAGGAAUGGCACCACUUCCAUCAGCGACAACAUCCAGGAUGGGGUCCUGACAGUGACCAUGAGGCGACUCAGGAAGCAGGACGCUGGGCUGUACCAGUGCAGAACUGACUAUCUGGGGGAAACAAACACCUUACGGAAGGUACAAGUGGAUGUGCUGACAGCUGUCCAGGAGACACAAAUCCCAGAGGAGCCCAGUGCUGUGCAGAGCAUCUCCAGCAUCCCUCCAGAAGCUGAUUUCACGGUCCUCUACGUCAUUGCUGGAUUACUGGCUACCAAGUUUGUGGUGGCUGUGCUGAUCUUUAUCAUUAGCAACAGCAUAAAAAACAGAGAGACAGAGCAGAACAAGCCAAGCUUGAAUGAACAGCAGGUCCUCCGUUUCCCUGGUGACCUCGUAGAGCAUGCACAUGGUGGAAUCAGGCCCUCCUGGGAGAGCACUGCUUAGAGCUGAACCAAAGAGAAUCGACAGGGAAAUGAACAUCAAGCUUUUUCUAGCAAAGCUUUGCCACCUGCUGUAAGAAAGAAAAGCACUGCCUACUAAAUAUAGGUAUUGACAAACCUAUCACUCUGGAGAGGGAAUGUCACCAUCUACCACCUUCUCUCAUUGCUGCUGACCAGCUUUCUCUAACACAACCAAAUUGAAAUGAUGCUGCCAGUAACACCUGAAACUGAUGGAAGCGGGUGGGACUGAGGGCUGGGAGGAGGGAGGAAGAUGAAAUCUUUUUGUCAAGAGAUCCAACACAAACCUAUUCAUGUCGCAGAGAUGCUUCCCCAGACACAGUAAUGCACAGAUAAUGCAUUGUUGUAAGUAAAACCACAGAUACACCAAUGGACAAAAACUAGAGUCCAGGUUAACACAUCUCAACCACCUUGUGUUUUUGUGCACUCACACACACAUACAUGCAGUGCAAAAAUGCUAAGACACUGUUUCAUCUCAAAUCUCCAAGGAAGUUUUGAUUCAUUGAAGAACAGUGCUGAAGAGCUCAUGGCUUUUAUUCAGAGUGUCCUACACAUGUCUACAGAAUCCAUGAAUGCUUCUCCCAAAAGCACGAAGUAUAAAUGGAUGUAUGUGGUUCUACUGAAAGCUAGUAUUGUCUAGAAAUCAGCUUUGUUAAGACUUGUUUGUAAGAUUCCUGUCCCCAAAGACCAACGGUUUUGCCAUGCUUAUGGCAAUGCAGUGCUCUGCUGUCACCUCCAGUCACUGCCAGUAACUGCACCACACUAUCAGGCAGUUACUCCAAAUACUUAUCCCCUGCUCAGGUGAGAUCUAUCAGUGCCAUCUCACAGUACUGCUAGGUGACACAGUCUCUUUUUCCAAGACCCCAAAGAUCUCCUUGCACAGAGUGGAUCCUUAGCAGGCAGUCAGUGUGGAAAGGAAUAUAGAAUUGCAGAACAUAACAAAGGCAUGUGAAAUCUGCACAUAGCUCUGAGCUUGUUUCCUCAUUUCUCAAAUCAUUCCAUGACCACAAAAAUGAUCUGUCUCUCUGUACUUUACCUGCACUUUUUCUCAAGGGGAUCGUUUGUCAUACCCCAAAAGGAAGCUGCAAUUACCUGUCCAAAGAAGAACCCAAACCCAGUGCCAUUCACACUUCUUCCUGCAUUGCCUACAAAACUAAAUAAAAACAAACUGGUUAUCUUA